CAAAAGCCCAAAGCUAGGAGGGCACCGGCUGCACUCUCCGGCUAGGAGGGCCCCGUCGGUUCCGCGAGGCACCGGGAGGCCGCCGCGCACGAGGCAUCCCAGUGGGCAGGGAGCAUGGGGAAAGGGGGGAACCAGGGCGAGGGGGCCUCGGAGCUGGAGGUGCAGAUGCCCACCUUCAGUUGGGAGGAGAUUCAGAAGCACAACCAGCGCACCGAUCAGUGGCUCGUCAUCGACCGCAAGAUUUACAACGUCACCAAAUGGUCAAAGCGGCACCCGGGGGGCCAACGGGUCAUCGCGCACUACUCGGGAGAAGAUGCUACGGAUGCCUUCCGGGCCUUCCAUCCUGACCUUGACUUUGUGCGUAAGUUCUUGAAGCCUUUGCUGAUUGGUGAGCUGGCCCCUGAGGAGCCCAGUCUGGACCGCGGCAAGAGCUCUCAGAUCACUGAGGACUUCCGGGCCCUGAAGAAGACAGCUGAGGACAUGAAUCUGUUUAAAACCAACCAUCUGUUCUUCUUCCUCCUCUUGGGCCACAUCAUCGUCAUGGAGAGCAUUGCGUGGUUUAUUGUUUAUUACUUCGGCAAUGGCUGGAUUCCCACCCUCAUCACCGCCUUCGUCCUUGCUACCUCUCAGGCGCAAGCUGGAUGGCUACAACAUGACUAUGGCCACCUUUCUGUCUACAAGAAAUCCAAGUGGAACCAUGUUGUCCAUAAGUUCGUCAUUGGCCACUUAAAGGGUGCCUCUGCCAAUUGGUGGAACCAUCGCCACUUCCAGCAUCAUGCCAAGCCGAACAUCUUCCAUAAGGAUCCGGAUGUGAAGAUGCUGCACGUGUUUGUCCUUGGCGAGUGGCAGCCCCUCGAGUACGGCAAGAAGAAGCUGAAAUACCUGCCUUACAACCACCAGCAUGAGUACUUCUUCCUGAUCGGGCCUCCGCUGCUCAUCCCGAUGUACUUCCAGUAUCAGAUCAUCAUGACCAUGAUCAGUCGCAGGGACUGGGUGGACCUGGCCUGGGCCAUCAGUUACUACAUACGUUUCUUCUACACCUAUGUCCCUUUCUAUGGCAUCCUGGGAGCCCUGGUCUUCCUCAACUUCAUCAGGUUCUUGGAGAGCCACUGGUUUGUGUGGGUCACACAAAUGAACCACAUCGUCAUGGAGAUUGACCUUGACCAUUACCGGGACUGGUUCAGCAGCCAGCUUGCAGCCACCUGCAACGUGGAACAGUCCUUCUUCAAUGAUUGGUUCAGCGGGCACCUCAACUUCCAGAUCGAGCACCAUCUCUUCCCCACCAUGCCCCGGCACAACUUGCACAAGAUUGCCCCGCUAGUGAAGUCCCUCUGUGCCAAGCACGGCAUCGAGUACCAGGAGAAGCCGUUGCUGAGGGCCUUGCUGGACAUCGUCAGUUCCUUGAAGAAGUCUGGGGAGCUGUGGCUGGAUGCCUACCUCCACAAAUGAAGCGACAGCCCCAGGGGCACCCAUGGGGAAGGGGUGCAGGUGGGAUGAUGGCCAGAGGGCGGGGCGGGCUUUUGUUCUCAAGGGUUCUGGAGUAUUUGCUGCCUCACGGAUCCUCCUCAGUUUGGUCUUUCUCCCAGUCUCUUUUCCCUCUACUCCACCUGUCCCACGUCCUCACCAAAGGCCUGACCUGUCUCCCAACUCCUCCCAAGGAGCAGGAGAGGGGUGACCACACCAGGUGACUAUAUCCCUGCCUCUAGCUUUUGCUCCUAAAGAUCUGAAUAUGCCAGAGGUCUGAUGAUCUGGUCUGGGACUCCUCUCCUUGAAGCUGGGCCACUAGGCCUGAGAUUCCGCCCUCCCCCCCACCCCCCUUGGUUUCUCAGACACUCAUGGGGUCUGUGAGCAGCAUCCAGGCCUGAUUCUACUGUCAUGCCAGCCUCAUGUUUUGUCUGCCUGUUUGGGAAAAGGUGUUCUAACCCUUUAACAGAUGCCCCUUGCCCGACUCACCCAAGCCAUGGUGGGCACAGACAGGUUCCCCCACAGAGGCCCUGAUAGAUGCUGUGACUUGGGGCUGCUGCUAAGAUGAUGUCAGGGAAAGCAAGGGGUUUCAGCUCGGGAGGAGGCCACCUUGAGGUGGUACCAGGGUUUUGGAGGGGAUCUAGUGAAGGCCAAACAGGCACAAAGCACGAGGGGGUAGGAGGCAUGGGGGGAGCAUGAGGGAGGGGGUGCUGACUGUACCGGGAGGGGCCCAGGCUAUAUGUCAGUCUGAAAUCUAACCCACUAACCAGAAUUUAGAUUCAGGGGAGAGGCUGGGCCUGAAUGGGGGAAGCCUUCUAGCCAUGCCCCACCCCAGCUGUAGCCAGCCAGGGGAGGAGACCCGCUGGUGUUGCUCCUAGAGACAAAAUGGAUCGAGAAGGAAUUGAUCUUAAAUUUUUAUCACACUGCUUCCCUGUCUGUACUUUUUUUGGGAAAUAAAAGAAGUGGAUUUUAUUCUCACUUUCAUAAGAUCAA